AUGGAGCAAUCACAUAUUGAAUUGGAUGAAUACCCUGAACCUAACACUAUUCGUAUACUUGUGACCACUGACAAUCAUGUUGGUUAUAAUGAAUCCGACCCUAUAACUGGAGAUGAUUCGUGGAUAACGUUCCACGAGAUAAUGAUGCUAGCAAAAGAUAAAAAUGUGGACAUGAUACUGCAAUGCGGUGAUUUAUUCCAUGUAAACAAACCCUCCAAGAAAUCUAUGUAUCAGGUGAUGAGAUCAAUACGACUUGCUUGUAUGGGCGAUAAGCCAUGUGAAUUAGAACUAUUAAACGAUCCAUCUGAUAUUUUUACGACUAGUGAGUUUAAUACAGUGAACUACGAAGAUCCCAAUUUUAAUAUAGCAAUUCCUAUUUUUGCAAUAGCAGGAAAUCACGAUGAUGCUUCGGGUCAUGGUUUACUUACGCCGAUGGAUGUGCUACAGGUAUCUGGAUUAGUGAACCAUUUCGGAAAAUUCAAACAGGCAGACAAUAUUGAUCUAACGCCGCUUUUGUUUCAGAAAGGAAGAACAAAACUUGCCUUGUACGGGCUUUCUUCCGUUAGAGAGGAGCGGCUAUUCCGGACCUUUAAAGAAGGCAAUGUAAAGUUCAAUAUACCGUCGGAGGCGCAGGAGGAAUGGUUUAAUAUCAUGUGCGUGCACCAAAACCACUCUAGUCACUCUAAUACUGCAUUUUUACCGGAGGCUGUUCUCCCAGAUUUCUUAAACAUGGUCAUUUGGGGACAUGAACAUGAAUGUAUACCUCAUUUAGUUCAUAACCCAUCGAAAGGUUUCGACGUUUUGCAACCAGGAUCCAGUGUUGCAACUGCUCUUUGCGAAGCCGAAUCUAAGGAUAAACAUGUAUUCAUAUUGGAACUGAAACAAGGCGAGCCUCCGACAUUAGUUAAUAUCCCAUUGACUACUGUAAGACCGUUUUUGAUGGAAGAAAUAUCACUAGCCGAUGUCCCUGAACUCAAACCUCACGAUAAGGUAGGGAUAUCUCAAUACCUAGUUGAAAAAGUUAACUCAUUGAUAGAAAAGGCCAAUAGGAUGGGUGCAGAGAAGGCCGGUGUAGUAUAUGAUGAAGCUAAUAUUGACGAUCAACCAUUGCCGCUGAUUCGCUUGCGCGUGAACUACAGCAGUCCAACCAACUCAGCCAUUGAUUAUCAGGUCGAGAAUCCAAGGCGCUUUAGCAAUAGAUUUGUGGGCCGUGUUGCGAACGCUACUAAUGUUGUAUACUUCCAUAAGAAAAGAAGCCAAGCUCGUACCUUAAAAAAGGGGAGCCCUAUCGAUUUGGACGCUAUGCAUGAAUAUAAUCAUGAAAAUGGAGAUCUAAAGGUACAGACACUGGUUAACAAGUUUUUAGUUGGCAUGAACUUGUCAUUGCUUCCUGAGAAUGGGAUGAAUGAGGCUGUUCGUAAGUUUGUCGACAAAGAUGACCGGAAUGCAUUACAGGACUUCAUUGACCGGGAAGUGAACAAUGAAGUUAAAAUAUUAGCCGAGAAUAAGGACAUAAUUGGAAAUGAAGAAUAUGACAACUUCAAGAAUAUCAUAAAGCAAUCAAAGCGAACCACCCAAAGUACUUCUGAGGAGCCCUUGCCAAAAGUUGAAGCCGUUGAUCCACCGCUUCGAAGAAGCCCUCGGAAGAGAGCUUCCGCUAAGAAAGCUAAAGAGGCCGUUUCUGCUGAAAUUGUAGACUCAGAUGAUGAUAUCAUGGAAGGAAUUGAACCAGCAGAAGUACCUGCCGACCAUGAUAGUGACGUCCAAGUGAUUUUAAGUGAUGAUGAUGUAUCGGAUAUUAAUGAAGACAUGCAACCCAAACCACAACCUAAAAGGAAGUCUAGGGCUUCUACAAGGUCAACUACCAAGAAAAAACCCGCACAAGCUGAAUCGAGUGCUACUAAAAAGACCAAAAAUGCCUCUUCAUCUACUCCUAAGACGGCUAUGUUGCAGGCGUUACUAAAUCGCAAAAGGGGUGCAAACAAAGACUAA